GUGGCCGCGGUGAUGGGAUCGGGGUGACGCUGUGAGCAGCAGCACCACACAGCUGCAGAUUCAUCACAAAGCGCCUCGGCCGCCUCGGCACAUCACAAGCUGUUUGGGCUGAGUGGCAGCUGGACCGGAGGACUGCUGAUCCUGAGCGGAGAGGGCCUGCAGCUGGUGACCCGAAGAUGUUGGAUCUGAGGACGUUUGUUCUGCUGGGACUGAGCUGGACGUGUCAAGCUGCGUCCAGCGAUCCAUGGGGCCAGUGUCCAGUCAUCCGGAAGUGUAAAGAAAAGUUUGGAGAUGGGUCGUGUGACAAAGAGUGUCUGGAGCCCGAGUGUCUUCGAGACGGCUUCGACUGCCUGAAGGACCGCGGCCACUGCAAUCCAGGCCACAUCCAGUACUGCCGCGACCAUUACGCCAACUCUCACUGCGAGCAGGGAUGUGACAGCGCCCCCUGCGGAUGGGACGGCAGCGACUGCUUCAGACACCAGAACCCCCUGUGGGCCAAAGGCACCCUGGUCCUUCACGCCAACACACCACAACAUCGCGGCGCCUUCUCCAACAGCUCGCUGCUCUGGGCCCUCAGCAUCAUCCUCCAGUCCCCGCUCAGGCUGAGGGGCUCCGUCCCCCUCGCCAACAACAGGAACCUGUUCAACUUUGACCCUCAGGAGCUUGCUGACCUGCUGGCUCAGGCAUCACCGGCUGACUCAAACGGCUCCCUCCUUUUCCUCCAAGUGGACAACAGGCCAUGUUCCCGUUUGCCCCCUACCUGUUUCCCUUACGCCACCGAGGCCGCCAGUUUCCUCCGUGCCGUCAUGUUGCUGAAGCCCACCUCGUUCCCGGCCCUCCCGGAGCUCCAGGCCAUCAUAAGCAUCAGAGGUGUCCGAGAGGAAAUAGGAAGCAGGGAGGAGGAAGUGGAGAAAAGGGAAGUCAAAGAGCCGACUCCUGCAUGGUUGUGGGCGGUGGUGGCCAUCGCCAUCGGCCUGCUGCUGCUGCUGCCCCUGGUGGUGGUCCUGGUGGUGAGGAGGGUGAGGCAGCAGCGGGCAGAGAGGGACGGCGGCGAGAGGGUGAGGCACCGGACCAAAGCCACCGACACCGACGGCAAAGCCAAGGCCUGGAUCACCCACGCAGCCCACCAAGAACAGCGGGUCAGGUCCAGCCGGGAGAAAGACAAGAUCAGCCUGAGGAAAAAGAAGAAAGCCAAGGAGGCCGAGAAGAAGAGAAGGAGGGAGCCGCUGGGGGAGGACGCCAUCCGAAUGCGGCCUCUCAAAAGGGACCAGGAUGUGGGGAGUGACACAGACUUUACCCAGAGUUCGAUGGAAGACAUCAGCGUGAGAUGCUCCCGGCGGCAGGACGACGCCACCAUCUGUGACCACAGGACCCAGGAGCAGAAGCAGUACCGGGCCGGAGCCUCUCAGCCCCGCAGGCCUGUGCAACCUCCACCUAGAGGAUGGGAGAGGAACGCCAUGCCUCCUCCUCUGCUCAGUCCUCCUCAGCAGUCGGCAGAGUGGUGUGGCCCAGACGGCUCUGUGGUUCUGAUCCGAGCGGUGCGCAGCGGGCUGGACAGGGUGGUGUUGGAGCUGCUGCGAGCAGGAGUGCCAGUGAACAACACAGAUCAUACUGGGAGAUCAGCCCUGCACUGGGCAUGCUCAGUAAACCACCUCUCCCUAGCAAGGACCCUCAUUCGUUAUGGGGCCGCUGUGGACCUACAAGACAACAAGGGCGAGACGGCGCUCUUCCUCUCGGCCCUCCACGGCUGCUAUGACACCGCCAGACUUCUCCUUCUUCACGGUGCCAACCUCGAGUUGCACGACCGCCGAGGACGUUGUCCGGUCGACGUGGCCAGAGAGGGCAUGCGCCACCAGGUCCUGGAACUCCUGCUGGCUCACCAGAUCCAGAGAGGGCCCGUCCCGGUAGACUCAGGCAGUGAGAUGAUGUGGGAGGAGCGCACUCUGAUGUACUCGCCGUGGGCCGGAUCACAAGGCCUGCCUGGACGAAGCGCCUCCUUCUCUGGCAUCAUAGCACAUCGAGACAUGACCCCACCACCACAAAAUGAUUGGUCGAUGGGUCGAGUGCAGUACCCCUCCCCUCAGAACUGGCGGCCUCAGCUCAACCAAUCAGCCACGGCGCUUGUUCCACCGAGAGUCAUGGGCCGCUCCCCUCGGCCAAUCAGCACCUUACAGGAGGUGACCUCAGAGGACGAGGAUCGCGACCGGCACCAGGACAUCCCCAGAGCUGCGACGCCUCACUUCCUCUCGCCCCAGCCUGCCCCCCGCCAGCGGUCCUUUUCCUGCACCCAGCAUGCACUGCAGCGUCGCUCCAGCGCCCACCAGCCGGAGCCCAACUACCUUAUAGUGACGGACAGAACGGCCGGGGAGCUCAUAGAGAGGGUAGUCGUCUCAGCUCCUCCAGAAGCUGCUGCCCCACCAGAUCGCCAGCCGGUUGUAAACGGUGAGCACAGGGCAGAGCAAGCAGCAGUGAGUCCUACAAACACAGAGCCCAAGUCCAGAGGUGAGAGGGCAAACAACACGCCUGACUCCACGCAGACGGCCUUGUAGAGGAAAAACCAGCCAUGGAACCUCAGAACAAAAGGCCCUGAGCUGGAUUGUACAUUUGGGAGUUUGUUAUUAUCCAAUAUGCAACUUCUUAGAUCACUUGUUUUUUCUAUUUCUGUCAAAUAAACACACGGCAGGCAGCCCUCGGAGAUGCUCCCACCUUCCCUCAUCAUUUUGUACUCAGCCUUGCAUAAAUUAUUACUGCCUGUCAGGGAGCAGGAUGUUGUUGUAAAUAUUCUGUUACAGUCAAAAAGAAACAAGACAAAGUGCCUGCAGUGAGUUCCAGUCAAAUAUAUCAUGAACUGUCUCGCAACAGCUUGUAUUCUGAUCAGUGUGAGGAGAGCUAAUAAAGGAACGGCACAGAGACACCAGAGUCCUGUUGAGGCCUCCAAUAAAAGGAUUUUCAAUGCAUAUAAAA